AUGGCAGUGGAACACUCCGUAGACCGCCUGAGGGACCACCCGCCCGGCUAUGUCUGUGACACUGGCGUGAAGGGCGGGGCUACGUUAUCCCGCGCCGUACGUGGGAUCCCACGCACUUUGUCCACACGGAUUUCGCACCUGGCUGCGAACUUGGGCAGCGGCCUAGCGGGUAAUGGUCUAAUGGGUAGUGUUGGUCUACUGGGUUGCGGUGGACCCUUGGCGGAGAGUCCGGAGCGACUUGAGAACAAGACUGAGUCGAAGUCCAUUUUGCUUUGGGGCUCCUCGAGGUCGGGGAAGACCUCGAUUUUGUACCGGUGGAAACUAGGCGUUGCGAUCCCAACCGUGGACACGGUAGGGUUGCUGGAAGAGCGCUUCACCGCCCACAAGACCAUCGCCUCCGCUCAUUCCUUCAGGUCGCGGAGCUUCGAUGCACAAAGCUUCGACGUGCAGAGCGGAGACGCCCGGUGUCCGGGAAUGGUCGCUGCGAGUAUGGCCAUGGCCAGCGUGGCUACGACUGCCUCGACCAUAACGGAUGGAGACUCGGUGGUUGACGAGGUGAGUUAUCAAUUUGAGAGGAGAAGGGCGGCCUCGGCUGGGGCUCGCACAUCGGUGGAAGUGAAGGUGUGCGAGGUCGGUCGUGACCCGACAAGUUUGGAGAUUGCGGUGCGCGACUCGCCGAGUGGGGAGGAGCACGAGGAGGCGUGGGCGCUGCACUUCCUUAAUUCGGUUUGUUGCGGCUGCUGCAGCUCGAACCAGAGACGUUUCGGUUACGAGACGUUCUUCCGGCUCUGGGCGGAGGCCGUGGCCACCUCGGACGCCGUGGUCUACGUCGUGGACUGCGCGUCCGCCAAGGCGCUGCAGGAAGUGGCGGGCGACGCCACGCUCGUCAUGAACCACGAAGGCCUGCGCCGCAAAGGCGCCAAGGUACUCCUGCUGGCGAACAAACAAGAUGUGUGCGGCGCACUCGCCGCACACCAAGUCGAAGAAAUCGUCGGUUCAGACGUCGUCCGCAGCGAUCGCUUCAAGAUACUCCCCACCAGCGCCAUCACGGGCGAAAACAUACAGGAAGCACUCCAAUGGAUCAUACAGUGA